GAGAAAGCGAGGAUAGGAGGCGUGGAGCCAGCCAACCUCAGCCUGGGCUCUCCUGAGCCCCUAGAUCCCCCAGGCAGCCUGGACCCCUAGGGACCAGAGAGCUGCCCUGAGGAUGGGCCCCAGAGCGGGGGUCAUGCUCCACCCUGUGUGGGGACUGCUGGGCUGCUGUUUCCUCUGCAGCUGGGCUCUGGGAGGUCCACGGCCCCUCCGCUCUGGGCCACCUCUGUCCUCCCAUGUCCAACCGGGGUCUGGGCCCUUGUGGGUGCCCCGAGAGGGAGCCGAGGCAGCCCUGGCUUUUCUCUACUCUGGAGACACCCGACAGCUGUCGGGGGCUAAUUGCAGUGAACGCUACGAAGCCCAGGGCGCAGAAGCCAGCCCAGGGCUCCCCCCAGUCCUAUGGAGGGCAGCGGGCACCCUUGCCCAGGCUGCUAAUUUCCUCAACAUGCUGCUGCAGGCCAAUGACAUCCGCGAGUCCAGUGUGGAGGAGGAUGUAGAGUGGUACCAGGCACUGGUCCGCAGCGUGGCCGAGGGGGACCCAAGGGCAUACCGGGCUUUUCUGACCUUUGACCCUCCGCCAGGGGCCAGCCACCUGCCUCUGGCCCUACAGGCCACACGGAUGGGGGAGGAGACCCUCCUUCAGGACUUGUCUGGGACCAGAGUUCAGGAGGAGAGCCCAACCAGGGCCCCGGAUACCUCUGCUCUACAGAAGCGAGUGCUGACCAAUGACCUCGGGAGCCUCGGCAGCCCCAAGUGGCCACAGGGGGAUGGCUAUGUGGGGGACAUGAGGCAUGUGAAGCUCUCUCCUCCCUUCCUGGAGUGCCAGGAGGGCCGGCUCCGUCCUGGCUGGCUUGUCACUCUUUCUGCCACCUUCUAUGGUCUCCAGCCAGACCUCAGCCCAGAGGUCAGGGGGCAGGUGCAGAUGGACAUAGACCUUCAGAGCGUGGACAUCAAUCAGUGUGCCAGUGGGCCAGGCUGGUACUCCAACACACACCUGUGUGAUCUCAACAGCACCCAGUGUGUCCCCUUGGACAGUCAGGGCUUUGUCCUCGGCCACUACCUCUGCCGCUGCCGACCUGGUUUCUACGGGGCAAGCCGCUCCGGGGGGUUGGGAGAGAGUGCUGCCCAGCCUGCUGGGCAAUUCGGGGUCCCACAUGGCAGCUCCGGGAGGCUGCUGCGGUGCCAGCCGUGUGCCGAGGGCUGCACCAGCUGCAGGGACGCUAGGCCGUGCCUGGUGGAGGAAGUCUCGGCACUGCGGGCAGCCGUGCUGGCCUGCCAGGCCUGCUGCAUGCUGGCGGUCUUCCUGAGCAUGCUGCUCUCCUACAGAUGCCGCCGGAGCAAGAGGAUCAGAACCUCUGGAGUUGUCCUGCUGGAAGCCAUCCUUUUUGGAUCCCUGCUGCUCUACUUCCCUGUCUUCAUUCUGUACUUCAAGCCCAGUGUAUUCCGCUGUAUCGCUCUCCGCUGGGUCCGGUUGCUGGGUUUUGCCACUGUCUACGGCACCAUUAUACUCAAGCUUUAUAGAGUUCUCCAGCUGUUUCUGUCUCGCUCGGCCCAGCGGGGCCCCCACCUCAGCAAUGGGCGGCUGCUGCAGCGGCUGGGGCUGCUCCUGCUGCUCGUGCUGGCCUUCCUGGUGGUGUGGACGGCGGGGGCCCUGGAAAGAGGCAGCCAUGCACCCCUGGUGGCCCGUGGCCACACUCCUGCGGGCCGUCACUUCUACCUCUGCCAUCACGACCACUGGGACUACAUCAUGGUUGUGGCUGAGGUGCUGCUCCUGUGCUGGGGCAGCUUCUUGUGCUACGCCACCCGAGCCGUUCCCUCCGCCUUCCAUGAGCCACGCUACAUGAGCAUCGCCCUGCACAACGAGCUGCUUCUCUCCUCUGCCUUCCACGCGGCCAGGUUUCUGCUGGUUCCCUCCCUGCACCCAGACUGGACCCUGCUUCUCUUCUUCUUCCACACCCACAGCACCGUCACCACCACACUGGCUCUGAUCUUCAUUCCUAAGUUCCAGAAGCCGGGGGCUCCUCCCCGAGAGGAGAUGGUGGAUGAGGUGUACGAGGAUGAGCUGGACCUGCAGCGCUCAGGCUCCUACCUGGACAGCAGCAUCGCCUCAGCCUGGAGCGAGCGCAGCCUGGACGCCGGAGACAUCCGGGACGAACUGAAGAAGCUCUACGCCCAGCUCGAGGUCCACAAGACCAAGGAAAUGGCUGCAAACAACCCGCACCUGCCCAAGAAGCGGGGCAGCUCGCGCCAGGGCCUGGGCCGCUCCUUCAUGAGGUACCUGGCCGAGUUCCCGGAGGCCCUGGCCCGCCAGCACUCCCGGGACUCGGGGUCCCCCAGCCUGGGCAGCCUGCCUGGCUCCUCGCGCCGCCGGCUUCUCAGCUCCAGCUUCCAAAACCCCGAGGGGACCCCAGCCCUGCGCAAGUCCCACAGCACCUACGACCACGAGCGCCAGGGUCACCGCCGGGAGCAGGACCCACCACUCCUUGACUCGCUGCUGCGCAGGAAGCUGGCCAAGAAGGCCUCCAGGGAAAGCAGGGAGAGUCGGGAGUCGGUGGAGGGGCCCCCUGCCCUGGGCUUCAGGUCUGCCAGCGCCCACAACCUGACGGUGUGCGAGAGGCUCCCCAGGGCCCGGCCCACAUCCCUGCAGAAGUCGCUCAGUGUGGUGACGGGCUCCAGGGAAAAGGCCCUGCUCGUGGCCAGCCAGGCCUACCUGGAGGAGACCUAUCGGCAGGCCAAGGAGCGGGAGGAGAGGAAGAAGGCCGAGGCAGCCUUGGCGAGCCCAGUGAGGAGGCCGUCAGCCAGGAGGCUGGAGCGAGCUCGAGGGGCCCCCUUGUCAGCUCCACCAUCCCCGGCCAAGAGCCGCAGUGUGGACGGCUCCCACAGGGCUGCCGCUGCCACAGGGAGGCUUCAGGAGGAGGCUGCCAGGAGGCUGCCUCACCCGCCCGUCCGGCACCAGGUCUCCACACCCAUCAUGGCCCUGUCUGGAGCGGGCCUGGGAGAGCCAAGGAUGCUGUCUCCCACCUCCACCCUUGCUCCAGCUCUGAUGCCAGCUCCGGCCCCAGCCCCAGCCCCAGCCCCAGCCCUAGCCCCGGCCCCGGCCCCGGCCCUGGCCCCGGUCCCGGUCCCAGCUCCAGCCCCAGCCCCAGCCCCGACACCAGUCCCUGUCCUGGCACCAAUCCUCGUGCCCCCCCAAAGCCCCAACUUACUCCCGUUCAUCUGCCCCUGGGAGAAUGCAGAACUGCCAGUCAAGAAAGGAAAUGUGGCUCAAGAAAGCCCCUCAGGGCCAGAGCGGAGCAGCCUCUCCCCUUCCCCAGCUCGGGCCAAGCUCUGGAGAGCCCUCUCUGUUGCAGUUGAGAAAAGGAGCACAGGGGAGAAUGCAGGGACCACAGAGGAGGGACGCCUCCAAGGGGGAGCUGAUGAGGGUGACGAGGAUAAGUCUAAGGUCUUCUCUAAAUCCCACAGCCUCAAGACCCCCAUUCAGCAGGUUUCCGUGCACAGUCUAGGCCUGGCUAUCAAAGCUUUGACUCGUUCCCGGAGCACUCACAAAGAGAAGGAGAGCGGGGAAGGGAGUCCUGAGACAGAGGAGAAAGGCAGAGCUGCGGUGGGGGGCGAGGGUGUGGGGCCCUGCCCCAGGUCCCCCAGGCUAAGCCGGCCCAAGGCUGUGAGUAAGCAGGCCGCUCUUGCACCCUGUGAUGACGAGGAAUCCCUCCAGAACCAACAGAACGCUCACACCAGCAGAAUGCUUCAAGUCUGUCGCCGGGAGGGCAGCAGGGAACAAGAAGACAGAGGCAGGAGGACAUCCCACUGUCUAGGGGAGGAGAGAGGAGAGAGAGCAGGUAAAGCAGAGUUUGCUACACUGAGGCAAGCCAGCCAAAGCACAGUUGGGGACAAAAGUGCUGAGGGAGCAAAAGAAGUCCCUUUUGGGUGGCGGGAACUGCCCAAAGCUGGCCUCCAGUCCCUGGGCGGAGCUGACCACAGGAUGGCAGAGAUGUGCCCCAGGGAAGUCACCCAGUCGGAAGUGUGUCAGCCUGACCAUGGCUACAAGGCCCAGAUCUGCCCCUGGGAGGCGAGCGAAGGAGCCCCUGAGAAGGGGGCAUUACAACAAAAUCUCAAUGGCUCCCAAGAGAGAGGGAGAGCCUCAGAAAAGUCAGAGCCCCCAAAUGUGGUGGUUGUUGCUCGGAAAAAGCCAGAGAGGCUGGUCAGGGCGCAGGAGGCCGUGUGUCCCUGGGAGGGUGUCGAUCCUGGGAGUCCGUCCUGCUGGUCAGUCUCUCAGGACUCUGACGGAAUCAAGGGCAGGUCUGAGGCAGUGAGCAGGAGAGAGGCUAGAGAGGUGAAGAAGCAUCAGCAGGAGGGUACAGGCCCAGAAGUUUGUACAGCUGACGCUGCCAAGGCAGAGCUCUGUCCCUGGGAGGCAUGCGAGGGAGGGAAUGGGAAACCAUUCGAGGAGGGCAUGAAGAAGCUUCCCCAGGAAAAGCAGGAAACCUCCAAGAAAGCAACCUUCUGGAAAGAACAGAAACUGAGUGGAAACUUGGAGUCCUUUUGUCCGUGGGAGAGGACAGAUUUCCGGGGCCCCUCAGCAGUCUCCACUCCGGCCCCAGGAGCCCCUGGAUGCUCGGAGAGUGUGGGCAGUAGCAUCUCAGAAGUGUGUCCGUGGGAGGCAGGAGAUGCUCCUGCCAGGAAAGCAGAGAUCUGUCCCUGGGAGCUAGGUGAUGAGGUAGUGGGGAAGGAAAUGCUGAGUCAGGAGGCAGGGGGAAAUAUUCUCCAGGAAGAGGGGAAAGCCUCCAGACAGGCUUUCCCUGGAAAGCCUGGAGAGAUGGGAGAACAGGCUGGGAAGGCAGUGCAGAAAAGGGAUCAGCAGCAGGAGUCAGUGUGUCCCCAGGAGACCUCAAACCCUGGGCCCUCCCGCCCAUGUCUAGACAGUUCCUCAACCAAAGCUGGUGGCCAAUUCCUUAGCAAGGGAGGAAGCAGGGCAACACAGGUAAGUCCCCGGGAAGAUCUCAGGCCACAGCCAAAGGAAGUAACAACACCUGCCAGGGCAGACCUCUGUCCCUGGGAGGUGGAUGAAAGAAUAAGAGACAACUGGACAUUGGACCAGACAGCAAAAGCAAGAGAAUCUCAAAAGGACAAGGAGAAAGGGCCUGGGAUGUCAGGGAUCAAAGAUGGCACAGCUGGGGAAGAGCCUGAGACACAGAUCCAAAAGCAGGAAGCAGUCUGUCCCUGGGAGAAUGUGGACCCUGGCAGCUUCUCCCCACAAUCAGGCCCUCAAGAAGCAGAUGGACCUAGAGCCAGUUUCCACAUGUCAGGCGGUGUGGGAAGCAAAGCUGCGGAGAUCUGUCCAUGGGAUAUGGAGGACACUGUGUCUGCUGAGAAGGCUGAGGUCUGUCCCUGGGAGGUGGGUGCUGGAGCAGGGCAGGAAAGGGCUUUGGGAGUUGAGGCCAUUAGGAAAUUUCCAAAUGACACAGGAAAGUUUUCUGCACGUCCUGGACCCAGCAAGACAGCUGUUACUGCUCCAGAGAAGCCAGAGAGGCCAGCCUGGGAGCGGGAGAUGGCCUGUCCCUGGGAAAGCUUGGAUCCAGGCAGCUCCUCUUGGCAUUCAGACUCUCUGGGCACAGAGAGACCAAAAGCUGGAUUCCAGGAACUGGACCACGUGGGCUGCCGGGCAGCUGAGGUGUGUCCCUGGGAAGUGGAAGAGGCCCCUGCCAGUGAGAAAGCCAAGAUCUGUCCCUGGGAGGUGAAUGAAGGAGCUUCGGGGACCGGACUGGACCAAGAGAGGAGGAGUGACUUAGCAGGGCAGGGGGAGAAAACUCUAGAAAAGGAGAGACUCACCUCCUUGGGAGAAGACAUACCAAAAUGGGAGACAAAACAGAGUCAAGAGCAGGAAGCUGUUUGUCCUUGGGAGAAGGGCUUGAGGGAACCCUUGGCGAAGGGCCCUGAGGUCUCAGACUCAUCCGUCAGCGUGAGUUGUGAAGUGGCUGAGGGACGUUCCUUGGAAGUGAGAGAUGAGGCAGCAGAGAAAGGGCGCCUGACACACGACCCAAAGACGGGCUCCCUCCCAGGACACAAAACCCCAGAAAGAGCUCCAUCCUCAAAAGUAGGAGAAUUCACUACUGACGAUGAGGGAAAAGCAAGGGAUGAGUUACACUCUGCCUGUCCCUGGGACAGCAUGGCCCCGGCAGGCACUGUCUCUCACCCUGACCAUCAGGGCCGUGACCAACCUACAGCUGGCUCUCAGACACCGGCCAGCAUCGGGGGCAGGCUCACUGAGGUUUGCCCGUGGGAUGCUCCUGCCUUAGAUGCUCCUAAACCUGACAGCAGCACCAAAGCUGCCAUCUGCCCCUGGGAGGUGCCUGAAAGGGCCCCAGACAAAGGGAUGGCAAGCCAGGAUGGAAAAGGGCCACCUCAAGAGGAGAAGGAUAGAGCCCCGGGAAGACCAGAGCCCAAAGCUGUGGCGGUUCAGGAGAAGCCAGAGAGGGCAGAUGGGAAACAGGAGGCGGUGUGUCCCUGGGAGAGUCAAGACUGUGGGGAGCUGUCUCCACAGCCAGCCCCGCGAGCUUCUGACAGGCGUAAAGGCAGUUCGGAGGCAGCAGGCAGUGUGGGGGCCAAGGUGGCAGCAGUGGGUCCGUGGGAAGCAGAAGCAGCUCCAUCUGCUAAAGAAGUGGAAAUCUGCCCUUGGGAGGUGAAUAAGGAAGCUGCAGAGAAAGGAGGACUGGGGCAAGAGGUGGACAGAAAGUCCCGAGGGCGGGGAGAAGUGAUCCUUCAAAAGGCAGCCUCUGGAGGGACAGAAGAACACAUUUACAAAGAAGCAGCAAAAGUCAGCCGAGAGCAGGAGACCGUGUGCCCCCAGGAAGGCAGAGGUUUGGGGGCACCCUGCCCCCAGCCAGACGCUCCCAGCACUGGCCAUCCCACAUGCGGUCCCCAGGGAGCCAGCCGUGCAAGGAGCAGGAUGGCAGAGGUGUGUCAGUGGGAAGUCACAGAUCCAGAAGGGAAUAAGAUAAAGGGCACCAUGGCAGACAUCUGUGACUGGGAGGGAACUGGAGUGCCAUCUGAGGAAUCCGGCCUUCUGGCUUCAACAGCAACUCAGAAGGAAAUGUUUUUCCCCACAGUCCCUGAGAACCCACCAUGCCUUUUAGUCCACAGUCCUCCGGGUAGCUCCCUUCCAGAAAGCAAAAGUGCCCGCCCUGAGGUGAGUAAGGCAGGCAAUACUUUUACUCCAGAAGGUGUCAGAGAACUCCAAGAAGCCUCAGGACAUGGGCCGAGGACAAGCUCAUCCCCAGAGCCGAGUCUCCAAGAAGCUGAGGUUCAGGAAUCCUCCUCCUUAACUGUGGACCAAGGAGAAGGGGUUUCUACAGCUUCACACGAAGAACUCUCCCCGCCAACAGUCUAUCCUUGGGACUGUGAGUAACAAUGCCAACACGUGAAGUCGAAUGUCGGGUGGCUGGUUUUCCGAAGCCAAGGUCCUUUCCAAGUCCUACGUGUUCCCAAAGAGCUGAGUCAGAGACACUAGGCCACUUCUCUUCUCCAACAAGGCCAGAAGGCAACUCAUUCUGAGACAAACUAUAUAAGAUCGGGCAGCUCGGGCCCCAAGAGUCUCACCCCUUCUUCUCUUCCUACUAUUGUUCCUGCUCCUGAAAACAAAGGCCAGAACUUCUGCUUCAGGGGAACCCUCCCAUCCAGCUAGAGGACUCAACACGAGCUGUGUCUGGACACCUGCUUCUGCAGCCAGUGUCAGGGGGAAAAAUGUCAGUAGGCCCAGCCCAUGUUUUCUCAUAAGAAGACCCCCUUUCUUGACCAUUUUCUGAGAAGAAAUGAAACCAUGCAAGGCACUGGCAGUAUUAGGGACUGAGGAAGGCUGUGAAGGUCACCGUAGGCAGCUUGAGAAGUCACUUAAUUCAAGUUCAAGGAUAAGUCUGGGGAAAAACUUAAAUGGCUCAAGAGGGUUCUGAAAUGCCUUAAGGACCUUUCCAUCUUGACUUUGGCUCUCCCCUUCUGCCAUAUUGAUCCUCAUGCCCACCCUGCUGGCUGCUGAUGGAGAGCCAAUCGAACACUCUUACUUCCUUACCAACAUGUGGCAUCCAAAGCAACACCAGAGAUGGAGAGCACAGGAGGUAAGGCAGUGGCUCCAAGUCCUGCCAGGGGGAGCCCUCCCUUGUAGACACCCUCUCCAUCUGCGUGUGCCCCUUACUAGCUUUUUCAGAUGGUUUCUCCCCACUUCUGCCCCAUGUUUUCCAUCUCGAGUUCACCUCUCUGGCUCGUUCUCCUCCCAGCCUUCCAGGGCUGUCAUCAAAGGGACCCCGCUCAGCUGUUGGUAUAACAGGAGCCAGGGGUUUCUGGUUCUGAUGUGAGUACGGCUCCAAAUCACUUGCUCAGUAACAAGAGGCCCGCCAUCAGUUGCCUUUCCAAGAAGCAAGAAAGCAAGCAAGCCCUGUUUAUGGCCGGCGCUAAGAACUGUCCUCAGAAAGAGUCACCCUACCAGGCAGGUUCAAGGCCUGAAGGUGGGGGAAAGGGCAUCAUAGAAGCACAAAGCCUUCUUAGUGAGCUCGGUUCUAUCCUCUCAAGUGAGUUCAGUUCAGGCUACCCUUGCUUAAGUGGUCCUAGAGAAGAGUGAUGGAAUGAGAGGAUACUAUCAGAGGGAAGUGAGGAAGGAGAAAAGCGCUGGUCAAAGCCCUGGCAUUGGCAGGGGUUAGGAGGGGGGAGGAAACAGGCAGACUAGACAUGGCAGAGCUUGGCAGGGACCCUGAAGAUGACAGUAAGCCUGCCCUCUAACUGCGUGGACCCUGAUGCCAUUCACAGGGAAGAAAAAGACAAAACAAGGAGACCAAAUACCCAAUGGGGGGAAAAUAUGAGUCUGCAUAUACAUACUCUGGGCAGCUUUAAGACUUUGCCAGAAAAAGUAACAAAAUCCUCCAUUUCCAAAAACAAAGAAUGGAAAAACCCAGUCUUUCAGGGACCAGAUGCCCUUGUUCUCCUAUCUAGCCCCUCCCACUUACCUGGUCCCUUGCCCUGGGAUUUCAGAGCAGUAAUUAAAGCGUACUGCUGCUCUGGGCUCUGGCUAGUUAACCUUGCUGCUUCUAAGCUGUUGGGAAGUUUGCUAAACACACAUCAGAACAAGUCCAUUGGGUCGGGUCUCGCUGGAAACAGAAAAGUUGUUCCUAUAACCCCUACUGAGAAAUAAACCAUGGGAAAAAAAUAAAGAAU